AUGGUCCAAUACCCCGAGAACAGACCCGAGGGCAAGACGCCCUACUACGUCGCCCACUGGUGUCACCCAAUCGAGGUGGAACUGGUCGCAAAGAGCAGCCCGGAUUCUUCGAAGUGGCCCGCAAUGAUUUUCCAGGUGUGCAGCUACGAUCGAUGGGAGCGCUACACUUCAGAGGGCUACGGGUGGAUGUCGCUCUCGGGCAAAUGCCCCGGCAGCUCCUCGCACGUUGUGCGCACAUGGAAGCCCACAUGCUCCUCAAGGGAUAAGGCGCAGAAAUUCUUCAUUGGUGGCUCCCCUGAGCUCGAAGAUAUGAGCUACGCAGCCGCUCCGCGGCAUUUCUCAUCCGGCAAGCUGCCCAACAAGUACGGUUUUCAGGCAGACACCUCAGGCAUCCUCAAGAUCAGGUUCAAUUCUAUCAUACAGCAAAGGGAAGAGGUCAAGCGGCAGCUGCAGCGGCGCGCCCUUCCACGUCCAGGUCAUCCUCCCAGCCCCCGGCCUACUUCCCUCGCCGCGGUCGUGGCUAGGGCAAAGUCGCGCCUCCGGGAGGCCAAAGGGGGCGACGUGGAGGUGCCCAGGGCGGUGGUGGCGGCGCUCACAAGCAGGCCGUCGGUGACCAGGCAGCCGAGCGACGUGACAGCGCGGGAAGGUACCGUGGCAAGAUUCUCGGUGUCUUCGCAG